AUGGCCAGCUCACAGUGUUUGCGCCUUAGGCCGCUUGCCUCUGGGCUAACCAGACCCUCGGCAAAGCUCAGCGCUCAACAUAUGACAAGACUUCCCAUCACUGCGGCACGAUAUAAGUCGGGUCCUUAUGGCUACACACAAGCAAAGGCCCUUGUUUUCUCUAAGCCCGGUGAACCUUCUGAUGUCCUUAGCCUUCAUACUCACUCCAUCUCGCCAUCCAUCCCUUCAAACUCGGUUCUCGUCCGAACGCUGGCCGCUCCAAUUAAUCCCGCCGAUAUCAACACCGUCCAAGGCACAUAUGGUUCCAAGCCUCCCUUCACUUCUCUGAUUGGAACAUCUGAACCUUCUGCCAUUCCUGGCAACGAAGGUGUUUUCGAGGUCGUCUCUACCGGUUCGCCCUCUUCAUCGCUGCAGAAAGGCGAUUGGGUUAUCCCUGCCAUUGGCCAGUUCGGAACCUGGCGGACACACGCCGUCGACGAGACCGACAAGUUCAUCAAGAUCGAUAAAGAGGGCCUGACUCCUACACAGGUUGCGACUGUCAGUGUCAACCCAUCUACUGCCUACCGGAUCUUGCGACAUUACGGUCCCAAUGCUGGUCUUCAGGCUGGCCUGGGUAUGCGCCCACUUGAGGUCGGCAGCGGACAGUGGUUCAUUCAAAACGGCGCCAACUCAGGUGUUGGACGAGCCGCCAUCCAAUUCGGUAAGCUUUGGGGUCUGAGGAGCAUCAACGUUAUCCGCGACCGUGAUACUCCCGAGGCCACUGAGACUCUCAAGAAGGAACUCCUCGAUCUUGGCGCAGAUGUCGUUGUCACUGAGUCGCAGUUCCUAUCCCGUGAGUGGAGAGACCAGCUCGCCGAGAUCACCCGCAAAGGCCGCGAGGAGAUUGGACUGGGUCUCAACUGCGUUGGAGGCAAGUCAGCAACCGCCAUCGCCCGAUCUCUUGGCAACGGCGCAACCCUAGUUUCAUACGGUGGUAUGGCCAAGCAACCCGUCCAGCUGCCUCUCGGUCUUCUGAUAUUCAAGGACAUCCGUUUCACUGGUUUCUGGCUGAGCCGACUGAACGAGCAGGAUCCAACCGGAAGAAAACAUGCAAUCAACGAUAUCCUCCAAAUCAUUCGUUCAGGUCAGUUCCGCGACGUCCCUAUUGAGGAAGUCAAGUGGGAUUGGGAGACAGAAGAGGAGACUCUGCGCAAUGCUGUGCAGCAGGGUCUUCAAGGAUUCCGCAAGGGCAAGGGUGUCUUUACUUUUGGUGAGACAUGA